AUGGCUUUGAAAGCCUCGCCGUCGUUGCUGCGGCCGCUGCGUUGGUCGCCCCUCGUCGGCCGCGCGCCACGCUCGCCCUCGUCACCGCUCGACCGGCUCGCUCACCGCGUCUACUCAGCCUCGACCCACGAUGCCCCUCCGCCCCCUUUACUGCAAAAGCUCAAGGCCGACCUGAAGCACGCCAUGCGGGCCAAGGACGCGCCGCGGCUGUCCGUUCUGCGCGCAAUCAUGUCUGCCAGCCUCAACGCCUCUAAAACCUCGAGCCCCGUCCGGACCGACGUCCAGCUCGUGGCCCUGAUGCGGCGGAUCCAGAAGAGCGUUCAGGACGCCGCGGCGGACGCUGAAAACGCGGGCCGGGACGACCUCGUCCGCAAGGAGGCGGACCAGCUCAGGGUUCUGGACGAGUAUCUGGCCGGCAGCGGCGUGCGGACCGUGGACGAGGCAGAGCUGCGAAGCCUGGUGCACGAGGCCGUUGAGGCUUCCAGGGGCGCGGGGACGGCGACCAAGUCGCUCGUGGGCGACGUCAUGAAGCGGCUCGCGGUGGCUUUGGAGGGCAAGGAUGUCGACAGGAAGGCGGUUGCCGACAUGGUGAGGCACGCCGUCGGCGCAUGA